AUGAGCAUGCCAGCCACCACAGCGCCGCAAUCGACCUGCUGGACACUGGAAAGCAAGCUAGGCAUCACCGUUCGAGUCUCGCUCUCGUCCACCUUGAACCCUGAUGAAUGCACAAACGAGCCAGAGCCAGACGCGUUUGGCCAUCACUUCAUCCUCACUGGCGCUGCCACUUCUGCGAGCCAUCCUCGCUUUGAGCUGGGCCAUGACCACCUGUCUGCCAUCGCCCGUACCAUGCUCGAACAGAUCAAGUCGCUUCGUCAUGGAUGGCUCGACAUUGCAGAUCUGUCCACAAGCUCUCACACGAAGCUCGAACAGGCGGCCUUGACACUGAGACUCGUCCCAAGCACCACGUCCGAGCACACCUCCUACUGCCAGCAAACGCUCGUGCGCCUCGACUGGUCUGACUCGAGAUCCAACCCACCAUGGCCUCUUUCCCUCUUACUACAACAGACGCCGCUCUCGACCCACUUGCGAGAUCUCAUCCAUCGUGCUGCCUCGCGCACCAUAGUCGAGACGCUUCUCGCAUCCUCCGCCUCCGCGAGCCUCUUUCACCGCUGGUGGCGACAGCGCCGUGUCCAAGUAGACCCGCCCAUCGCCUCAAUCGCCCUAUCGCUCUCGGCAUUGGCACACAAUGCCGCAGAUCCAGCCAAGCUCGCCCCAGUCCACAACCGAUUGGAGACGACGCACGCUUCACCUUCUACAGCGCGUUUGCAAGCGCUUCUCACUCAACUCGACCACGCUGUCUUUCCCGCAGACGAAUCGCCGUCAGCUUACAAGUGCAUGCCUCACCAACGCCGCGCCAACCCAACGCCCGAGCUCGACAUCGCUGACCUGCCCCAGAGCGAUGCUGAGGUGGACUGGCUACCAGUAGAAACCCAGCAAUCCACUCUCGCCCCGCACCCCUUGGCCGCUGAUCAGCACACCGAUUUGGGUCUCGACAUCGUCGUCCUGCCCGAUGAGCCAGAUAUCCUCGAGUUCUGA